AUGAGUGUGAACAAUGAUAUUCUCUUGCAGAAAUUGGAUCAUCUACAUGAAAAGUUCGUGAAAAUGGACUCUAAAUUCGAAACAAAGUUGUACGCAAUGGAAGAAUCUAUGAAGAAGAGUGUGAAGACCAGUGAGGAUAACACACGAGCAAAAUUCGAAGAUGUAAAGAACCAGAUAAUUUCUAAAAUGGACAAUAUUCUGCAGCAACAAGUGGCUGAAACAAAAACCUUCCAGGAAACGUCGGAAACUGAACUUCAGAAAAUAGUUUUAUGUGAACAAAAUAAGUUCGAUGGCGGUUGGACGGUCAUCCAGCGCAGAUUCAACGGUUCGGUCGAUUUUUACCGCGAUUGGGCCGAGUACCGCAAUGGAUUCGGAGCUUUGGAUGGCGAAUUCUGGCUCGGGCUGGAAUACGUGCAUCAAAUUACCAAAAACCAACCCCACGAACUGUUGGUGGAAAUGAAAGAUUUCCACGGAAAUUACGGUUACGCAAAGUACGCAGAGUUUCAAGUAGGUAAUGAGUCCGAGAUGUAUGCGUUGAAGAAGUUAAGGAAGUACUCAGGAACAGCAAAAGAUUCGAUGGGAGGCAACAGGCAUGAAAAGUUUAGCACAUUUGAUCGCGACAAUGACCAAUCUGACGAAAAUUGCGCAGAGCAGCGACACGGGGCCUGGUGGUACUAUAAGUGCACCUAUUCCAACUUGAACGGGCGUUAUCAGAACACAACAGAUGAUGAGAGUGCGAUGUCGUGGUACCAUUUCAAAACCAACUUCGAAGGUUUGUCUUACUCGAGAAUGAUGAUUCGCGAUAUCAUCAAUUGA